GCCGAAUCGGCGACGCCCAAUCGAUCCAAACCCGAUGGCUGGCGAGCUGGAUGCCGCACCAACUCCAGACGCGCCGCCCACGGCCCCGGCUGACAACCCCGCAGCCCAAGGCCUCCCGCCACCUGCGGCGAGUGAUGCCGCCAAGCCGAUGGUGAUCGACAACGAGGAGGCCGUGCGGGCGGCGCAGGCGGCGGCCCGGGCGAUCCACGCCAAGGUGGGCAGCCGGGCGCUGACCGUGCGGCAGUACCUGGAGGCCAGUGUGGUGCCCAGCCUGAUGGGAGGGAUGCAGGCGCUGGUGAGGGAGCGACCGGAGGACCCCGUAGAGUACUUGGCAGCCUACCUGCUGCAGCACAACCCAAAGAAGAGACCGGGCUGCGGGGGUAGCCCCGCGCCGGUGUGA